GAAAGCCUGGGCUGCUAGCAGGCGGCAGCUGUCGGCGUAGCUGCGCCUCAAAGGUGCCCGGAGAGCAAACCCUGGAAAAGUUAACUUCGUCCUCCGCUUUGCUUGGCCGCAGGACUUGAGACCUCUGCAAGUUGGUCGCUGCUCAGGUUUAUUCUAGUCCCGAAUCCUGGCCAUUCGCGUGCCCGUUUUCAGAUGUUCGCUUUUGAGUUUUGGAUGUUAUUGGAGAUCUAAUUUUCUCAACCAAAUAACCUCAAUUUAAAUGCGCUCUGAUAGCGAGAUAAGGGAAGAAGACGAGAUUAGUUGUGCUGUCUUGCAGCCUUUGAAUGCAGCGGCCAGGACUGAUAAAUGUAGUAGUGCUUUCAGGUAGUGCUGACUGCAGCACUAAUUAAAUGUGAAGCUUAUGCAAUGUAUUUAUGUAUUAAAUUGAUUUGGCAGAUUUGCUGUAUAGUAACAUGCUGUUCGUAUUUUGGGGGGCGGGUAGAAAGGAAUACUGACAUCAAGGUACAUCUUAAAUCCUCAGGGGUUAAAGAGGGUGGAAUAAAUUAACACUAAGCCUGUAGUAGUGGUUGAUAUGAAAAAUGUUUUCCUCAAUUAGCUGAACAUAUAUUUGUGAUGAUCCUAAAAUAGACAAUAGUACGCAGGAACCAAUGAACUGUACAAAUCACACUGCAUAUGUUCAAUGUCUGCCAGCACCAAAUAUUACCUGUAAAGAUCACCUUGGCAUAGAAAAAGUCUUUACUGGAAAUGAAGUUGGAUUUUACAAGCCUAUUGCAUGUCGAAACGUAAAUGGAUACUCCUACAAAGUGGCAGUGGCUCUGUCUUUAUUUCUUGGAUGGCUGGGAGCAGAUAGAUUUUAUCUAGGCUACCCUGCCUUAGGUUUGCUAAAGUUCUGCACUGUAGGAUUUUGUGGAAUUGGUAGCCUAAUUGAUUUCAUACUUAUUUCAAUGCAGAUCGUUGGACCUUCUGAUGGCUCUAGUUAUAUUAUAGAUUACUAUGGAGCAAGGCUUACGAGGCUCACUAUUACCAAUGCAACUUUCAGAAAAAUGCAGACGUAUCCUUAACCCUGGCAGUAAGUGUCACGUAUGCAUCUAAUUUUACAGAUGGAUCCAGUCGUCCACUGAAAUUGCUGAUGACUUAUUAAUUAUACUUCAUCAGAACUGUAUAUUAAAUGUUGUACAUUGAACAAAGAUGAUAAAAUAUGAAAAUUCAUCAGGAGAAUGAAUUUACCUCAAAGGUGCCAACUUUCUUUGUGACUGCUCUAUUUCUGUGAGCACACAGUUUGCUGCUAUGUUGUAUCAUUUGUGAAGUAUGCAGACUUUUGUAAUUUGCACUGUUGACAUUCGGCAUCUCAGUAUAAUUCACAGGGUUAAGCGGGGAAGGAAUUGUUCAGCAGAACAUCUUUGCUGAUUCUUAGUCCGUUGAAAUUGAUGAGACAUGGAUGUUAGUAGGCCAGAAUUACCCCUGGGAUCUGAUUCCAGAACUAUUCGUGGCAGUUUGAAAGUUAACUUAAAAACCCUAAAACACAAAUUGCUUUUCUUUCUAUCAUGUUAGUUAAAAACCACAUGGCCCUAAAUUUUGUGCUGAAAGUCCACUAUGAAUCGCUAUGAAAUUCCAUUCACUUGAAGAUUUUUUCCCAUUAAGGUUAAAGAACAAUCUUUGUAAGGUUGCAAAAUUUGAUCAGUCCUGAUCAACAGUAGGAAUAUGGAUUAAAAAAAAAAGAUCCGUAUGUGACGCAUCUCAGAAAGGAAGGUGGAUGUUGGAGUGCGCUGAGGUUAGAAUAGGGCAUAAUUGCUUUGCUUAUUUUGAUUCCCCCCCCCCUUGCAACCAUCCAUAUUGAAAUGCAUGCCGCCUUUUUCCGACAAGAAAUUUGUGUCUGUUUUGCAGAUACAGAAUGUCAGAAAUGUGAAUUCUUUGCAUUAAUAAAGCCCUUGAAAAUUUCUUCUUUCAAGUGUGUACUUGUUGAUAAAUGAAUUGUGUUUCAGUGAAAUACAUUCUGUGUCCUUCAAAGUUGUUUUACCAAAUCCUUUAGGACAGCUAAGAUUUACCUAGAUUUUCCUUUAAAUAUAUAUAUGCACACUGAGACAGAAACAGUUUCAACAGAAUCUUCCUACUAUUUGACUAAUUUCAAAUAUUCCUUUCACCUUCUUAUGAAAACCUGGAGUAACUGAAUGAGAAGUUCAUUUUAAUAGCGUAGAUUUUUUUUUUUAAUAAUCUGAGAGGAGGGGAGGUUGUUUUAGAUGAAACUCUUAAAAUGUUAUUAAUGUGUCUGCAAUCAGUAGUUUUAAGAGAAUUACAUAAACCAGAUUCCUAAACUGAUUUUUUUAAAGUGCAAUUUCUGGUUUUUAGUCUCUUUUCAACCUACAUUAAGACUGGUGCACAGAAAGUUUUGCAAAGCAAUCCUGUUUUUGUCCAAAUAAGCGUAACUGGAAUACCUAUCACAUAAUGAGAAUGAACCACAAGGAGUACCUUAUGCUUAACAUUUCUACUUUCCUUCACUUAAGACAUAGUUCUGCAAUACCUGCUAACGUGCAUUUUACGUGUGGGUUCAAAGAGACAAGAACUCUCUGUUAGCUUCGUUUACUUUUCUUAUAUUCACUGCAUCUCCCUUUUGUCUCUCUUUCACUGAACGCUCUUUGUGCAUGUCAGGUUUUUUUUUUCUGAAAUUCACAUUUUCAAAAAGAUACAGGAAAAUGGACAGAAAAGAAAUAUUUGAAUCAAAUAAAAUUCCAUGAUUAAGAUCA